AUGAUCAAGAAUGUGCUUUUAGUUUUUCUGGUAAUCCAUGCGACGUUGGCGAAUUCAGAAUCUGCUUCAAAGAAAUGGCUGACUCUAAAUGGCCGGAGACCUUCUGUGAUAGCCCGAGGAGGGUUUUCGGGGCUCUUCCCUGAAUCCAGUGACUUUGCAAAUCAGAUGGCGCUUGCGACAAGCUUGAGUGAUGUGGCUGUGCUCUGCAAUUUACAACUAACAAAAGACGGGGUUGGGAUUUGCCAGGGAGAUAUCAGGCUUGACAACACAACAAAUAUAGCAAUGGUAUUUGAAAAGGGAUCAAAAACCUACAAGGUAAAUGGGCAGGAUAUAACCGGGUGGUUCGCCAUAGAUUUUACAGCUGAUCAACUCCUUGCCAAUGUGUCCUUGGUGCAAAAUAUUUUCUCCCGGCCAAGUGCAUUCGACGCGAUGCUGCCCAUAUCAACUGUUGAUGAUGUCAGAAGUUCCAAUCCCCCUGCAUUCUGGUUGAAUGUUCAGUAUGAUGCAUUCUAUACGGAAAACAAACUAAGUGUGACAAAUUACAUUCAAAAGGCAACGAGACUUCAGGGUGUGAAUUACAUUUCUUCUCCUGAGAUUGGUUUUUUAAAGAAAAUCAAUGGAUUGGUGAACAAGGCUAAGACCAAGCUCGUCUUUGUGCUCCUAGACAAAAAUGCAACUGAACCCACAACCAAGCAAACUUAUGGUUCAAUUUUGGGAAAUCUUGCCACAAUCAAGGCAUUCGCAUCUGGGAUUGUUGUCCCAAAAGAUUACAUAUGGCCUGUUAAUGCAGCUAACUAUUUAGAAGCUCCCACUAGCCUUGUAAACGAUGCUCAUAAACUUGGUCUUGAAGUAUAUGCUUCUGGAUUUGCAAAUGACUUCACUACAAGUUAUAAUUAUAGUUAUGAUCCAUCAGCUGAGUACCUGCAAUUCAUUGAUAAUUCCCAAUUCUCUGUUGAUGGGUUGAUUACAGAUUUUCCUCCCACAGCAUCAGAGGCUGUUGAAAGGUAUAUGCUUUUCUUAUAUUCGACGUACAUUCCACAAGAGCGACAGAUUAACAAUGCAUGUCUAUAUGCAGAACAAGCUUUGAUCAUAAGUCACAAUGGAGCAAGUGGAGUUUAUGCUGGGAGCACCGAUCUUGCUUAUCAGCAAGCUGUAGAGGAUGGAGCUAACAUAAUAGAUUGCUCAGUUCAAAUGUCAAAGGAUGGAGUGGCUUUCUGCUUGGAUUCUGUGGAUGUUACAAGAGAUACAACUGCAGCAGCUUCCUUCAUGUCUCUAUCCACCACUAUCCCUGAAAUUCAAGAGUCAGCUGGAAUUUUUUCCUUUGACCUUUCUUGGAGCGAUAUCCAAACACUGCAACCUCAAUUGACAAGCCCUUUCGAGAAUAAGGGUGGCUUGCCAAGAAACCCUGCAAACAAGAGCAAGGGUAAAUUUCUUACUCUUGCUGAAUUUCUGGAAUUGGCUAAAGUAAAGGCGGUUACUGGGAUUUUAAUCAACAUUGAGAAUGCCGCUUACCUAGCAUCACAGAAGGGUCUUGAUAUAGUAUCUGCUGUUAACACUGCCUUUGGCAAUGCCACAUUUGGCAUGCAAUCCACACAAAAAGUCCUAAUCCAGUCAGACGACACAUCAGUGUUGUCCAAGUUUAAGAACGUCCCAGCAUACAGUAGAGUACUAUAUCUUAAAGAUGAAAUCAGUGAUGCGCCCAGGACACCAGUGGAGGAGAUCAAAAAAUAUGCUGAUGCAGUAACUCUGCCAAGAUUCUCCAUCGUACCCACGGUUAAUGGCUUCACUACAGGAACCACCAAAGUCGUAAACGAAAUGCAAGCAGCGAAUAUCUCAGUAUUUGUCUCAGUCUUAAGGAAUGAAUUUAUUACCCUUCCAUUUGAUUACUUUUCGGAUCCUACAAUAGAGAUUGCAACUUACACUUCUGGAAUAGGCGUUGAUGGAAUCAUAACCGAGUAUCCAGCAACUGCAAGCAGAUAUUUGAGAAAUCCAUGUUCUUCCAAUUCCAUGCCCGAUAGCUCAUACAGCAUCAUUCCAGCUGAAGCUGGUAGUCUACUGAGGACAGUUCCUGAAGAAACACAGCCACCAGCAAGUUCCCCAACACCAGCCUUGGAUGUUGCAGAUGUUGUAGACCCACCACUCCCUGCCGUAACCAAACCUGCAUCCCCCCCUCCUGCAACUUCACCUCAUUCAAAUGCCUUACAAAACAUUGCUAACGUGGGCCUUUCUUUAGUAGCCAUCAUGGCGUUUACCUUGCUAUCUUUGAUGUGUAAUUAGUUAACAUGGCAAGGAUAUGUGGCUGAUUUUUUUUUACCUGUCUACUAGCAGCUUAAUCAAAUCUCUGGACGAGUUUGUAUUUAU